CUAACCCAUUUGAAGAUAUCAUAACUUGCUAUAAUGUCCAUCACAAUCAGAUUAUCCCGUUUCGGGAGAAAGUUCCAACCCAUGUAUAACAUUGUUGUAGCUCAAAAGCGUACCGCCCGUGAUAAGUUACCAAUAGAAGUCUUGGGAACAUACAACCCAGUCCCAGUGCCAUUAUCUCCAGAAGAAAUUAAGAAUGGCGUGAAACCAUACAAAGAUAUCCAACUUGACUUUGAUAGAGCAAGAUACUGGUUAGGUGUAGGAGCAGAAACCUCCGACCGUGUAGGAUUUUUAUUCAAAAGAGCCGGUUUAUUGCCAGAACAAUGGCCAAAGCCUUCCAAGUUGACACAACAAAUUCCAAAGCCUCAAGUACAGGGCCCAAAGGUUGUUUUCGAAGAACCACAAGAAAGAGUCAGAGAAAGAUAAGCGAGCCUUUUCACUUCUUCUCCCCAAAACUAUCGCAAUUAGUGCGUCCAACCAACCCCCUAGCAUGCGGAUAUUAUAACGUUUCCGCCUUGUAUAUAUAAAAAGAAUAAAUUGAUAUUAAGGAAC